CAACCGAGCAGAGCAAGGAGAAGCUCAAACAGCGAAGGGCGGCAAUGGUGAAGAUACUGGAGAUCGGAGGAGGACCACUCGACGCCGAGGAAGACGACGACUGCUGCGAGAUAGACCCCGCCGAGUUCGCCAAGAAGGUGAACCUCAAAGCAUCAGCCGACGACGAUGUGGUCGUGGUUGCGGCGAAAGGCCCGGUGGCACUGAAAGACUUUCCGCAUCCAAGGCACCUGUGUGGGAAUUACCCAUUUGAUACAACUCCGCACGAGAGCCGUUGUCGCAAGUGUUAUUGCUCUUUGUGUGAGGUGCCUGCCUCCAGUUGUCUAGAGUGGAAAGGAACAGAAGGGCACUGCCAUAGUACCAAGUAAUUUCAGAAUUGUUCUUCAUGCUUCAGUUGGUCACAACAAACAUCAGAUU